AUGCAGGAGGUCACGGUGUAUGUCACAGCCAUGCAGGCUGUUCGACGUACCGCCGAUAACUGCCGUCGCAUGUUGGCACUACUGGACGCAUUUGGUAUUACUGUGAAUGUAAUAUAUGUUGACUCAACGGAAAUGCGGGAUUUCGUGCAGGAACUUCUAGGAAAGCAAGAAACCUUUGGGUGGCGUCAACCACACCUGCAGUGCAGUAGUGCCAUCACGGAGUUUGAAUUGCCACUCUGUUUUGUUGGUCCUCUACUCGUGGGUACACAUGAUGAACUGAGUGAAUUAAAUGAGGAUGGUCUUCUGCCAGAAACACUGCGGGCCGCAGGAUACAGUGGGAUAUUCCGCAUGGAUGCUCACAAUGCCAUUCCAGUUGGAGGCGGGGCAGCAUUUGCUGCUGCUGCUGCUGCUGCACUGCAGCAUUCUGAAGACAGCAAGACUAGAAAUGGCAAGAAAGAAGAUCAUAACGAUGAAGCCGAUACCAAUAGUGAUAAUACCAGUGAUGAUGAACCACCACCGCCCCCACCGGAUGAUGAUGAUGAUGAUGAUGAUGAUGAUGAUGAUGAUGAUGAUGAUGAUGAUGAUGAGCUACCGCCACCACCCCCAGAUGAGGAUGAAGAGAAUGAUGAGGACGAACUACCACCACCACCACCACCAGAUGAGGAUGAUGACUGA